GCAUUCAGUAUUUAAAAUAUUAUGAUUUAUGAUUUAUAAACUAUAAUAUUAUAUUGUUAUUAUUAAUCGUCUGACUAAAAAAAAGUUGUUUUUAUUUAAUCAUUAACAUUUUUUUUGUCUUAAUUAUUUCAAUAUAUUAUAUUAAUAUUACGUGGCAAUUAUUUUAGAACUAUGAAUUUUAAAUUUAAAUGUCAGAAAAAAUAAUAACUACACUAUGUUUGAAAAAUAUGAAGACGUGGCUUUUAAAAAGCUAAAAUGCUUUCAUCGUUUUAUUAUAAAAAAUGUAUGAUCCAUACAUAUUAAUGACAUGCAUUCUAUCGAUUAACUGUUACUGCUUUUAGACAUAAACCAUGUCUUCCAAAAUGAGUCACACUCAUAUUGUGGUAUUAUGUUCUAUUGCAAAUUUCAUAAAUGCAGCCGAUCGUGUUAUUAUGCCAAUUGCCUUAAUUCCAAUGACUAAUUAUUUCAAAUGGACAAUGCAUUGGCAAGGAUGGAUAUUAUCAGCAUUUGCUUUCGGCUAUCUAAGUAGUCAAGUUAUUGGAGCUUGUGCUGCUAAAAAAUUUGGUGGUAAAUUAAUUUUAUUACUGUCAGUUUUUUUAUGGUCAAUAUCAACUGUCGCAACACCAUGGGUAUCUCACAACACAUUUGCCUUGAUUGUAUGUAGAGUAAUGUCAGGAUUUGGUGAAGGAUUAGGAUUACCAACAAUAUUUCAUAUUUUUGCUAAUAAUAUAGCAAUAAAUGAACGUUCUAGUGCAUUUGGUUACUUAGUGGCCGCAGGUUCUGUUGGCCAGACAGUUGCAACUGUGAUAUGCCCACAUUUGAUGUGGCAAACUAGUUUUUAUUUAUUUGGUUCAAUUGGUAUUGUUUGGUCACUUAUAUGGAUGUCAUUAUAUUCAGAAAAAGAUUAUGGAAAAAAUGAUGAGCUUCCAUUAAUUAUUAUUCCUCAAUAUUCUAGUAUACAUUGGAGGAAAUUUUUUAUAUAUUGGCCCUUAUGGGCGAUAUAUAUAGCUCACUUUACAAUGAAUUGGUCCAACUAUAUAAUAAUGCAUUGGCUACCAACUUAUUUGUGUUAUCUUGGUGCUAAUUCACAAAGUAUUAGUUUAACAGCAGUUCCAUAUAUAUUCAAUUCAGUAUUUGGUAUUGUGGCAGGAAAUUAUGCGGACAAACUAAUUGACCGUAGAUGGUCAGUAUUAACUGUUCGACGACUUAUGACUACUAUAGGUCUAGUGGGACCAGCAAUAUUUCUACUUCUAUUUUGUACAGUAAAUAGUUUAGCAGCAGCCAUAAUAUUUAUUUCUAUAUCAAUGGGACUAUGUGCUUGUAAUUCAGCUGGACAUUUAAGUAAUCAUUCUGAAGUGGCUCCUAAUCAUGCUGGUAUUACUUUUUCAGUAUCCAAUACACUGGCUACCAUACCAGGAAUACUAUCUGGUCCUCUAACAGCAGAACUUGUGACUGCAUCUCAUGGCCGUUGGUUUCCAGUUUUCAUUUUAGCGGCUGCUUUAAAUUUUACUGGCUCAAUUAUUUAUUGUAGUCAAAGUUCAACAUCUCAAGUAUUGUAAUUAACAAAUUUGUAAAAAAAAAACUACAUAUACAGAGUAAUUAUUUUUGUUAAUUCGUUUUAGAGUUACCACAAUCAAAUAAACUAUAUUUAUUGUUUACAUA